AUGAACACUUCUGAAAAGCGCCGUCCUGGCCCCGGGAACUCGUCUGCCCAUACGUUGCGAACAGGCGCCUCGAAUAAUAAUCGAACCAGCAGCAUGCCAGCCAUGCCGCCGAAAGCUGCCAUGCCUUCCAACACCAACGCGACCCCCGAAGAGUCCCAUGAGACGAACAGCAGCGGCGGCGGUGCCCCGCUCAAAGAGAAGGAGAGCACGGCCACAGGAGCCAGCAGCACAAAGGACAAGGAUCGUGAUAAGGAACGCAAGGAACGGAGGGAGAAGAAGGAGAAAGAGCGCGGGCUUGAGGCUGCUCUGAAAGAGAAGGAUGAGAGAAUCGCGUACCUGGAGAAAGAGAUGGGUAUCAUGGAACGUGAGUUCCACCGCGAAUUGGACAAGCUUAGCCAGAACGAAAGCGAGACAGCGACAUUUUGGCAAGCGAAGCACAGUGCAUUGAACCAGCAAUAUUUACGGACGGACACCGAGCUACGGCUUUUGCGCGCCGAGGUUGAAGUACGAGAAGGCGAGCGUGAAGAGCUCAGAGAGGGCUGGGAGGUUCUACGGCGAGAACUGAAAGAGCGAGACGAAGAGAUUCGGGGACUAAGAGGCCAAGUCCGUGGGCUAAAAGAGUGGGUGAGUAACAGCACGAGAACAGAUGGUCAGGAGUGCGACGAGGUCUUUGGCGAUGGCAUGGCACGAUUGGGCAACGGACUUCAAAACUGGGUUAUAGUGAACUUCAGGAAAGCCAAAAUAACAGAUCUGGAGAAUCUAGACGAGGCGACAUUGGCUGAGAUUAGCGAGCUCGUGCCCAUGUAUGAAGAGCUUGCGUCGACACACAAGGUUUACCUCUUGCAGUCCAUUGUAUCCAGGAUACUAGUCGAGAUGGUCUUUGAUACCUACUUUGUUGGUUUGACAGAAGAGCAGACGCAGCAGUUCCGGCAAUUAGAAAAGCUGAUAUCUACAUAUGCCAACUCUGACGAAGCCAUCAAUCAAUGGAGGUCCUCUACCUUAUCUCUGCUCCAUAGAGAUGCUUCUUCCCUGGAGGAAUCAACAGCAUCUGUCACCGAGACUAUCUUGACACGAAUAACCCGAAUCCUGGACGCCCUGUGCGGCACAUCUUCCUCUGAAGCUCGAGACAGUGGACUGCGAGUUCUUGUUAAUAACUCUGUCGAACUGGCGCGACUCGUUGCUGUUCAAAAAGCCGUUCUCCGUGUGAACAUGCCUACGGUAUUACCGCAUCAAAGAGUUAUGUUCGAGCCCGAAACAAUGGAAGAUCUAGGCGGAGAAGACGAAGAAUCACUAACUGGAAGAGAAAUAUGCUGUGUCGCCUUUCCAGGGGUGACCAAGCAUGGCGAUGAGCACGGAGGCCAUUUGCAAUACCGAAAUAUCAUACUCAAAGCCAGGGUGCUGUGCAGCCCUGAGCAAUAG